CGGAGAAUUCAUUGGCUUUGAACUGAGAAACAUUUUCAAACGCAUUUUAUUAUUUAAAGAAAAUCAUUUUUUUCGUUUUAAAUGAUUUUUUCUUCUUUCGAUUUUUGAUUUUUGAUACAUCACCGAAUAUAAUCAUCAUUUUCUCACUGAUAUUGUCACCGAAUUUCUUUCAACAACCAAAAAAAAUGAUGAUUGAAGAAACAACACCAAGAUAUUCCAAUGCGUCUGGAUCGGCAACAACAGCAACAACAAAAACCGCAACAGCGAACCGUAAUGGUGGAAAUAAUGGUCAAAAUUAUCAUCAUCAUCAACAACGACAAUCAAUGAUGCAAUCAUUAAAUAAUUUGAAUAAUCAACAUUAUGGAUCAUCAUCAUCAUCAUCAUCAUUGAUUCAACAAUCAGAAAUUUAUGAAUAUUCAAAUUAUUAUAAUUAUCAUAAUCAUAAUCAUUAUCAAUCACAUUCACAACAACAACAACAACAACGACGAAAACAUCCAAAUUAUUUUAGUUUUAUAAAACGUUCAUCAUUAAAUAAAGGAUCAUUCGAAAUAAAUGGCCGCCAUAAUGAAUGUAUAUCACGUAAAGAUAAUGUAUAUUAUGUUGAAAAUUUAAAAUUUCCAGACUGUGUAGUGAGGAAUUUAUGUCAAAUUUAUAAAUAUCAAGGUGAAUUAUGGUUUAAAAAUCAUUUACAAGAUAAUAAUCAUCAUAAUAAUGAUAAUGUUAAUGGUGAUAAUGGUGAUGACCAUGAUGAUGAUAAUGAUACUGGUAACAACGAUGAUGUUGAUGAAAAUAAAGAAAAAUGUUUGAAUCGACAACAACAAACAAACGAUUCAUAUGAAACAAUAUAUGAAAAAAUUCAUGUAGAAUUAAAUGAUUUUUAUUCAUUUAUUAAACCAUUAAAAGAAGAUGAAAUAUUACGUAAAGCAACAUUUUUUUGUUUAGCUGAUUCGAUUAAAAAAUUACCGUUUGUUAAACAGGUAAAAUAUUAUGGUAGUUAUAGUUCAAAAACCUAUCUACCUGUAAGCGAUAUUGAUCUUGUUGUUUAUUGUAAUCUUGUCAAUGAUGAAUUACAAACAUUAUUUUUAAUUGGUGAACGUUUAUCAUAUGAUGGUAUUAUUGAAAAUCGUUUUAUUAUUAUACCAUUAUCACGAAUACCAUUAUUAAAAUUUAAUGAUUCAUUAACCGGUUUACCAAUCAAUAUAACAUUGAAUACAAUCAAUGUUAUGGAACGUUCACAAUAUAUUCGUGAUCAAAUUCGUCCAAAUUCACAUCAAAUGAAAAUUUUGUUCUUUUUAAAAUAUUAUCUUCUUUCAAAAGGUACUAAUCAAGUAUUUUAUGGUGGUAUCGGUUCUUAUGCAUUAGCAUUAAUGGUUAUACGAUUUUUUCAAGAAGAAUCCGUUAAAGAAUUAGUACGAAAUGAAAUGAUUUAUCCAAAUUCUAUACUUGGAUAUUUAUUGAUGGGAUUUUUUGAACGUUUUGGUGAUGUAAAUUUUUUCAAAAAUCAUAUUAUUUCUGUACAUAAUGAUGGUGAUUAUAUUGAAUGUGAUUAUCUUAAUAAUGAUAAUAAUAAUCAUCAUCAUCAUCAUAAUCAUGGUGGACGUAAUCAUUCAAAUACGGAUAAAAAAAUAUCAAUAUUACGUAUAAAAGAUCAUAUUGAACCUUGGAAUGAUGUUAGUCAUGGUUCAUUUAAUUCUGCUGAAAUUCUUAAAGAUUUUCAAUAUUUACAUGAUAAAUUUAUGAAAGCCGAUAAAUGUCGUUCAAAAUCAUUACUUGGCCAGGUUUUAUAUGUUGUCGAUAGUUUUGUUGAAUAUCGUAAUCUAUUAUUAUAUCUAUUUCGUAAAUGGUUUGAUGAUUAUGAUGUUAAAGAUUAUCUUUCGGGAAAAUAUCCAAGUAAAGCAAAAUUUCAAGAAUUUAUUGAAAAACGACGUAUAUUUCAGAAACAAAAUCUAUCAUUUACACAAAAAUAUUUGGAAGAUAAAUCAUUGGAAUUUAGUUUAAAAUUAUUACCACCAACACCAACUUCACCAUGGUUGAAUGGUGGAUUGUUUGGAAAAAUGACCACAAAUACAUCUACAACAAAUCAAUCAAAUGGUCAAUCAUUUUUAUCAAAUAAUUAUUUCGGUCAACGACGUAAUAAUAAUAAAAGAUAUAAAACCGGUUUUAAUGUUAUUAAUAAUGAUCAUAAUCAACAUCAAGAUCCAUUGGAUGUUAUAUUGGAUAAAAAAACUAAUCUUGGAUCAUUAACAUUGUGGUGA